AUGCUAUUCAAAAAAAUAGGCCUUAAAUUGCUUUAUAGAGGAAUUACUCCUGUUUUAUUUAGAAAUGGGCUACAGGUUGUAAUUCAGGAAUAGCAUCCUUUCUGCUUUCCUAACCUUUUGACUUUAUAAAAGUACAAUAGCUUUAAAGCUUUAUUUAGAGGAGGAUCUAUGCCUUUAAUAGCCCAAAUAUUUGAAGGAUCCUUACUAUUUGGAAUAAUAGAUUGUUUAAAAUAUAAAUUUUAAGUAAAAUCAGAUAUAAGUAUGUCAAGCUUAUUUUGCUAUUUUGUAGCAGGAGCCGUUGAUGGUGCGUUUCUCUCUCCUUUUGAAUUAAUAAAGAUUAGACGUUAAUUAUAAAGCAAUUAAUAAUGCUAAAAAGAAGGUAUUUUAUAAAUAAUAAGGUGCAUUUAUAAAGAUAAAGGCAUUUUAGGAUUUUUUAGAGGAUGUUCAUCGACAGUAUUAAAAGAAUCUUUUGGAAAUUCGAUAUAUUUUUAUUCUUAUUAUUAUUCUGUGUCGUUACUUGAUAAAUUAAACGAAAGAAAAAGUGAAAAAGUGAGAUCAUUUGAUUCUUUUCUUUGUGGUAGUUUUUCAGGAGUUGCUUACUGGCUUUUUAUUUAUCCAAUUGAUACUAUAAAAACUAUUAUUUAAUCUCAUGAUAAAAACAUUCCUAAUGUUUUCUAAUAUACAAAAGAUAUAAUAUAAAAAGAUGGAUUUUAUAGAUUAUAUCGUGGCAUAUGUCCUGUUUUAAUAAGAUCUAUCCCCUCAAAUGUUUUUUCAUAAUAAUUUUGA